AUGCUCUUUAUUUUAAUUUUUCUUGUAACAAAUUUAUUUUGUUUAAAUAAAAUUUCUGCAAUUAAACAACAACACGUGGAAAAAAUAGCAGAUUUUCUUUUGGUUAAUGAAAACGUUAAAACAAAAGUUUAUGUUGAAGGUUGGAAUACUGAAAGAGGAAUAAGCAUAAAUGUGGCAAAGAAUUUCGAAAUUGGUUUGAAUGAAAUUGAAAAAACUAUGAGUGAUAGAAAAGAGUUUGAAGAUUUUUUAGAAAAUACAAAAAAUUUAUUUAGAUCCGGGGAUGAUGGGCGUGUUUUGAUUGUUAAAAAUAUUUGGAGAAAAAAUAAGGAUUAUAAAAAGGAUUAUUUGAUUUUAUCUUCAAAUUAUCAGAAAAAGCUUGAUGCGCAAUCAUAUUGUCUAACAAAAUUUUUGUUCAACAAAUACGGGGAAAGUUAUUUUAGUUACAAUAUUGUUCCAAAUUUAAACAGAUGUUCAAACGAAGGUCUUGUAAUUAUGAAUCGUUAUAGUAUUCGUAAUAAUGAUAAAUUAAAUGUAUUUCGAUGGAAUAUAGUGAAUAAAAACCCUAUAAAAGAAUUAAGUUUUAAGGAAAACACUGAAGAAUUUAUUCAACUUGAUCGGUGCAAUAAAAUUUUCGAAAUUAAGAGGUUAUUCGAAAUUAAGAGUUAUAAGCCUUCAAUUUGGUAA